AUGUCUUUUAAAGACACCUUCACCAAGGAGGACAAGGAAGGCCUGCUCGGGUACGACGACACCGCCUUCUACUACUUUGCCAGCAGCGUUGUGCUCGUCAUCGCCGUGCCAUGGACGAUCUCCGCCAUCUACAACCUGAUUUUCCCCGGAGAGGCGCAGAUACAGCAGGAGAUUUUCCGAAGAAGAGCAAGGCGGGCAGCAGCUUCCGAUAUCCGCGGCGCGGAGAUGAGGGAGAAGAUAGACGUCGCCCGGAAGGAGGCGCGGAAGUUCAACGCAGCCUCUUGUGGCUCCAUGUGCAAGUUCGGCACCAUAGCCUUCCUGUGGCUCCUGCUCUACCUUUUCACGCUGCAGAUGGGGCACGAGCCGGAGCAUCAAGCGGUUCGACCCGUUCAAGAUCUUGGGCGUGGACGUGGGAGCGAACGCGUCUCAGAUCAAGAAGGCGUACCGGGAGCUGUCGAAGAUAUACCAUCCAGAUAA